CACAGAUCACAUUUCUCUCUCUCUUUUGGUUCUCUUGUUUGCAUUCUCUUGCCUUUGGUUUUUCACCACUCACGGAGAAAGCAUGGCCGGGGCUUUGGUGGGUGGAGCAUUUCUCUCUGCAUUCCUUCAGGUGGCGUUUGACAGACUGUCUUCUCGUGAUUUCCGAGACUUUCUCAAGGGAAGGAAAGACAUUGAUGGAUCGCUAAAAAAGUUGAAGAUGUUGCUGAGGUCUGCUAAUAUGGUGCUCGUUGAUGCGGAGGACAACCAAUAUACAAACCCAGAUGUGAAAGAGUGGCUGGAGGAUCUUCAAGAUGCUGUUUAUGAUGCGGAUGACCUUCUAGAUGAGAUUGCCAUGCGGUGCAAGUUACAAGCUGAGUCUCAAACUGGCACUAGCGAUGUACGGAACUUCAUCACUGCUUUUGUUGAUUCAUUUGACAAAGAAAUACCAUUUAAGCUAGAAAAGAUUCUGGCAGACUUAGAUAGUAUAAUAGAUCAAAUGGGUAUUCUUAGUCUGAAAAAGGAUAUCGUUGGAGUAAAAUUAUCAUCACCGCCCUCACAAACAAAAACUUCUUGCCCCGAAACAUGUGAUGUGAUUGGUAGAGAUAUGGAUAAAGAAGAGAUAUUUAAGUUGUGGCAAUUGGAUGUUGCAAGUAAGAUAUGUGUUAUGCCCAUAGUGGGUAUGGGUGGGAUCGGUAAAACCACACUUGCUCAGUUUGUAUUCAAUGACGAAAAAGUUAAAAAGAGUUUUGACCUCAAAGCAUGGGUUUGUGUUUCAGAAAAUUUUGAUAAUCUUGAGAUAUUAAAAGCUAUUUCUGAGGGGAUCAAUGGUACUGCUAGUAACUUUCAGUACUUGCAAUCGCUGGAAAUGGAAAUUCAAAAGACUUUAAAAGGGAAGAAAUUUUUUCUUGUUUUGGAUGAUGUUUGGAAUGAAAAUUAUGGUGUUUGGGACAAUUUCAUUAAAGUUUUUAAAUGUGAGGCACAAGAGGUUAAGAUCAUUGUUACUACACGAAGUGAAAAAGUUGCAAGAGUAGUCACGGUUUCAACUCAUUAUUUUCUAAAUGAACUCUCAAAUGAGGAUUGUAUGAAAAUAUUUGUUCAUUCUGCAUUUGGAAAUAGAAAUCCCAAUGAAUUUCCACAGCUGUUGGAAAUUGGUAAAGAGAUUGUUGAAAAGUGUAGAGGCUUGCCGUUGGCUGCAAAAACACUUGGGGGUUCAUUGCGUUCAAAUUUUAGUCAAAAUGAUUGGAUUAAGAUUUGGAAGAGUCAUAUUUGGGAUUUACCAGAUGCCAAAACUAAUAUCUUUCCGGCAUUAAGACUGAGCUAUCAUUACAUCCCAUCACAUUUGAAGCGAUGCUUUGCUUAUUGCUCAAUUUUCCCAAAAGAUUAUGAAUUUGAAAAGGAGGAGUUGAUCCUUUUGUGGAUGGCAGAAGGUUUAUUGCAGCAACCCAAAGAAGCUAGGCGUAUAGAAUUAGAAGAAAUAGGUGAAGAAUACUUUAAUGAUUUAGUAUCAAGGUCAUUUUUUCAACAAUCAAGUCAGUCUAAAUCAUGUUUCUUAAUGCAUGAUCUUAUCAAUGACUUAGCAAAAUCUAUAUGUGGGAAAUUUUGUUUCCGAUUGGAUGAGAGUAAUGAGUCCAAUGAAAUAACAAAAGAGACACGUCAUUUGUCAUAUUACAAAGCUGACUUUUAUCCCUUUAAGGAAUUUGAGAUCCCUUCAAAAGCUAUGGAAGCUAAGGGUUUGCGAACCUUAUUGGUAAAAAGCCACCCUCCAAUUUGGAUUUUUAAAGAUAAAAACAUAAUGAAGAUAGAUCUUAAUUUGUUUCAGAAUUUUAAGUUUUUACGAGUGUUAUCAUUGUAUGGUACAUGCAUAAAUAAGUUACCAAUUACUAUUGAUAACUUGGUACAUCUACGUUAUUUAAACACUUGUAACACUGGGAUCAAAGACUUGCCUGAUUCAUUAUGUAACUUGUAUAAUUUGCAAACCUUGAUAUUGUCGUCGGACAUCACCAAGUUGCCUGCCAAUAUGAGUAAACUAAUCAACUUGCGCCACCUAGAUAAUAGUGGAGCCUGGAUGAAAGAGAUGCCUCCUCAAAUGGGUAAAAUGAAAAAUCUCAGAAAAUUAUCUGUUUUUGGUGUGGGCAUACAUGAUGAUGGGUCCAGUAUUAAAGAGUUGGGGGAGCUGCAGCAUCUUUCUGGAAAAUUGUCUCUGUUGAACUUGGAAAAUGUUCAAUGCAUUAAUAAAGAUAAUACGGAGGUUAUAUUAAAGAACAAGCAAGAUUUGUCUGAAUUGGAGUUGAAAUGGAAACAUCGUCAUGGCGCUGAAGAUUCAGAAAAGGAAAGAAUUUUGCUCGAGCAGUUGUGUCCUUGCACAAACUUGAAUUCUCUCACCAUCACUAAUUAUGAGGGUACAAGCUUUCCAAAAUGGUUAGGAGACUCGUCAUUCUCUAAGAUGGUGUCUAUAGAGCUUAGUGAUUGUGACAAUUGCUUUUCCUUGCCUCCGCUUGGACAGCUACCUGACCUCAAGAGCCUUCGAAUUGAAUAUUUUGGAAAAAUAUUAAGUGUGGGCCUUGAGUUCUACGGGAAUACAAUUAACCCGUUCAGAGCCCUUGAGUAUUUAUCAUUUAAAAAUAUGACAGAGUGGCAGGAGUGGGUUUUAUUUAAAGGGGAAGUUUUCACUUGUCUUCGAGAACUUUAUAUUGAAGAGUGUCCCAAGCUAAUUGGGGGUCUGCCCGUUCAACUUCCCGCUUUGACCAAACUUGAUAUUUGUGAGUGUAAGCAACUUGUUGCUUCGCUUCCCAACUCUCCAGCUCUCCAUCAAUUAUUAUUAUCAUACACGGGGAAAAUAGAGGGUGGCGUUUAUUCAAUUUUGCCCUUUCCACCAUUUGCUUCCCUCUCUCGCUUGGAAAUCCGUGAGUGCCCUGAUUUAGUUUCCUUUCCCAGCGGAGGACUGAGCGCUCUAAAUUUGUCUGAGAUUGUAAUCUCAAUGUGCGAAAACUUAAAGUCACUGCCUGAAGGGAUGCACACCCUCCUCCCAUCUCUUGUGCGUUUGGAUCUGGGAUGGUGUACAGAACUGGAAUCGUUUCCCGAGGGAGGUUUGCCCUCCAGCUUAGAAAGUCUUACUAUAUGCAAGUGCGAGAAACUCAUUUCCCGUCGCAUGGCAUUGGGGUUGCAAGGUCUUCACUCUCUCAAAAGUUUCACAAUUUCUAAUCAUGAUGAAGAAUUGAAGUCCUUUCCAGAGGAGGCGUUGCUGCCUCCUAAUCUUACCGAUUUCACCAUCGGUAAUUUACCAAAUCUAAAAUCACUCAAUGGUAAGGGGUUUCAACCCCUUACCUCUCUUAAAAACUUGAGUAUUUGGAGCUGCCAUAGUCUUGACUGCCUACUAGAAGAUGUUUUGCCUACCUCUCUGUAUCAGCUUCAAAUAUCUUGUUGCUGUUUUUUGAAAGAACGGUAUGGAAACGAGAAAGGGGAGGGCCGGGUCAAGAUUGCCCACAUCCCCAGAAUAUCCAUAAGUUGAUUGAGCUAUGAGUCGAAGAACGCUUCUGCCCAGUGUUACUUUUACUUGUAAAUAACAAGUGUCUUACACACCCGCUGUCAAUUUCAUAGCUGCUGAUCCUUCUGCAUUGUGUAUGAAUUCCUAAAGGUCAAUUCUCAAAAAAAAAAAAUAUAUAUAUAUAUAUAUAUAUAUCCAAAAUAUCUGAUUAGUUUCCAAGUCAUUGUAAAAGCUCAUCCUUUACUCUCAUUCUUGCCGGAGAUGCUCUUGCCUCAUUAAACAUUCACUACAUUUCUACUCUGGACUUCUGAAAUACAAGACUUUUGUGAAUGUUUAAGAUAAGGGUCACAUUUACUUGUAAAUAACAUGUGCUUCACACAUCCGCUGUCAAUUUAUGCCACUCUGCUAGCUGCUGGUCCUCUUACAUUGUAUAUAAAUUUCUAAAUCUCUGAUAUGUUUUCAAGUCACUGUGAAAUCUCAUCCUUUUCUUAAUUAAAGAAUCAUUUACUCUCAUUCUUGCUGGAGCUGUUGUUGCCUCAUUAUACUUUUACUGCGUUUCUACUGUGCAGUUUUGAAGUGCAAGACAAAUACUUUUGAGUUUGGCAUGCUGUUUAAUCUCCGGUAAACUAUGUGGCUGUUGAUGGCUAGUGCUGUUUCUUUACCUUCUAACAGCCGCUGAAUCACAUUGAUCAAGUGUGGAGAGGGACUUACUCGGGCUUUCUCUUUGUAAUUGGUGGUAGAUGGGAAGAUGUGACGUCCCCUCCGAAUGAUAGGUUGCUGCAUUUGGUUCUUUUUUUCUUCCUAACUUGAAAGAGCACAAAAGGUUCAGCAUAUGACUGAUCUUGCUGUCCUCACCUGUUGGAGCUACCAUUACUACCAAGAAUUUUAAAUGCCCUAUUGUGUGACGAUGGUGACAGAGGCAAAGGGGGGAAAGCUGGCCCAAAGAUUGCUUUGAUUCUUGUUCCAUGACAGAUCAAGUCCAGAGAUGCCCUGUGAUUGUUAGAACACUUUCCAGCUUCCUUCCUUCACUAUUUUGGAUAAUCAGGAAGUGGUCGGCAAUUCUUCUGCAUUAUUAUGUGUGCUUCUAUCCCCAGGAAAAGUGACCGAUAUGUUGCAUUUAUGCAGAAAGUUAGUUUAUUUUAGCAAUAAUAUGCUAUAAAUAGCCCCAUGAGAUUCAAGCUUGUUAUAUGAAAACUAUUACCUUGCUUUCAAAAUUCAAGGUGACUUCAGCCAACCAACUUAAACUUCAUCUACAACCAACACUUUUGGCACGCACUCAAACCUCUUUCUUCGAGAUUUGUACAAAUAGUUUACUACCGUUUAUUUUUUUUUUGUUUUUUUGUUUUCAAGAUUUAUUCUCAAAGUUUUCUAACCUUCUUUUUGUACUGGUGCCUGAAGGUUGGCCCUGAGAGCAUUUAUUGUUUAGUUUUGAUCAAGACAAGACUUCCAAGAGCAAUGGAGAAAAUAACCACAGCACAUGAACAAGGCCCAAUGUUCUGGCUUUCUCAGCUCACCACCAACAAAUGCCCUUCUUUGUUGUUGGACAGAUCUGCCUCUAUGUUUCUUCUGAUUAGUUCGAGAUGCAACAAACACACUGCCUGCGGGUGGAUAUGGGCUCAUAAAGACUUCGAGAUUUAGGAAAUGAUGGUGGAUGUGAAGAUUUGAAGUCCUUGCCAGAGGACAUGUUGCUACUUUUGUUUUUCCUCUUCCUAACUACAAACAACUCAUAGGCUCAGCAAGUUGCUCCUCUUGCCAAGGUUGCUUUCAGUCACCUGUAGGAAGUGUCCAACACACUUUUUUACAUCAAGAAUUGUAUUGUCUUAUGCUGAGACAAUGGUGCCUGAAAGAGACAAGGAAAGCUGGUUGUUGACCCAAGAUUGCUCAGCUCAUGUUCCUUGAAAAAUCAAUGCCAUUCUUUGAGGCUCUUAUGUUAGUAACAGUAAUUACUAAUAUGUUUUCUCCAACUGGAAGGUGAUCUGUGAUUGUUAGGUUCAUUCAAUUGGUUUAUUUCUUUAAAGACAUUCAAAGAUUUGUCUCAUGGUGUAAGCUUUGGACCUCUAUCAUACAUCUUUCCAAACUCUUUUCCAUGAACAAUUAUACAAUGAAGGAGCAAUGGGGAGAACAUUAUGGAAAUGACAACUUGAUAAAAAUUGUAAAUAGAAAGUCAUUUUUAUGCUUAAGAACAUUAUGGAAAUGACAACUUGUAUUUGUAAGCUUUUGUAUAACUAAGAACAUUACAGGAGCACACUUAUGUGGGCUCCAGAAUAUGAGUUUGGACCUUAAUUAUAUAAAAUUAACAAUUUAGUUUG